CGCGGAAAGUAAGUUCUCUUCCCGGCAAAAUGGCGAUGAGUUUAGUGUGCGGCCGCCGGCAGCUUCUGCGCCUCCUGGGGCCUCAGCGUUCGUUCCACAGCGUCGCAGGGUCCCUGAAACCGCUGGCCGCCGAGCUCCUGGUCGCAGCCCGCCUGGGUAGUGGGCGGCCACACUACACUCUGCUCGCCGCCCUAAGUCCUCGCUGCAUCAGUACUUCCGCGACCUUCUUUGCAGAAGCCCAGGUCCAGGCACCUCCUGUUGUUCCCGCCACCCCCACCCCUCCUGCAGUACCCGAGGUGGCUUCUGGAGGAACUGCAGAUGUCGUCCAGUGUGCUGCAGAACAGAGCUUCGCUGAACUGGGGCUUGGGUCUCACACCCCAGUGGGAUUCAUCCAGAACUUGUUGGAAUUUAUGCAUGUUGACCUGGGCCUACCUUGGUGGGGGGCCAUUGCCAUAUGUACGGUCCUCGCCCGCUGCCUCGUCUUACCUCUGAUCGUGAAGGGCCAGCGAGAAGCAGCCAAGAUCCACAACCACAUGCCAGUGAUACAGAAGCUUUCCACAAAAAUCAGAGAGGCCAAGUUGUCAGGGGACCAUGCUGAGUUUUACAGGGCCUCCUUAGAGAUGACACGCUAUCAGCAAAAGCAUAAUAUUAAACUCUCCAGGCCGCUCAUUCUACCUCUCACUCAGGCCCCCAUCUUCAUCUCCUUCUUCAUUGCCUUGAGAGAGAUGGCCAAUCUGCCUGUGCCCAGCCUACAGACAGGUGGGCUCUGGUGGUUCCAAGAUCUCACGGUAUCUGAUCCCAUCUACGUCUUGCCACUGGCAGUCACUGCCACAAUGUGGACUGUCCUUGAGCUGGGCGCUGAGACAGGCGUGCAGAGCUCUGACCUCCAGUUCAUGAGGACCGUUCUCAGAGUGAUGCCCCUGAUGCUCUUGCCCGUGACCAUCCACUUCCCCUCGGCAGUGUACAUGUACUGGCUCUCCUCCAAUGUGUUCUCCCUGUGCCAAGUGGCCUGCCUCCGGAUUCCAGCCGUGCGCACAGUGCUUAAAAUCCCCCAGCGUGUCGAACAUGACACUGAAAAACUGCCUCCUCGGGAAGGCUUCCUAAAGAGCUUCAGAAAAGGCUGGAAGAAUGCCGAAAUUGCACAUCAGCUCCAAGAGCGUGAGCAUCGAAUGAGGAAUCACUUGGACCUGGCUGCCAGAGGGCCCUUACGACAGACUUUUACCCACAACCCUCUGCUACAGCAUGAUCCAAGUCACCCUCCCAACACCCCCAACAGCAGCAAGCCAAAGUCAAAGCCUUGGCAUGACACACUUGGCUGAAUUCUAGUCUGUGUUCACUCUGACAAGAACUCUGCAUCUUCAGGGACUCCUCCUCCAAGCAGACUUGAUGGUGUGUCCUCAGCCCAGACCUGGGAACUCCAGGAUUUGGAAGUGUCCGUUUUAAAACUUAUUGCCACUACAGACUCUUACUCCUGUGUAUAAAAGAGCACUAGAGAGCCAACCAGCCUUCUCAUCCAGAGUCAGUAAACAUCUGUCUUGUCUGGGC